CUCGCGCAGCUCGAGACUGAGGAGAGGAUACAGGCGGCGCGGGCGGACAGGACGCUUCAUGAGGAAGAGAAAAAGUAUGUGCACGCACACGGACCGCGAACAUGAGCGUCAUGAGAGCGAGGAGCGAGGAUGCGGCGCCGUCCUUUCCUACAGCCGGAGCUCGGCGCGGCGCGGCGGCGGAGUGACAGGAGGACGCGCGCGGCGGAACAGUUCGCAGCUGCGGGAUAUUUGCGCAACAACGGCAACUGACCGCCAGUGAAGAAUUCCGCGGCCCUGAAAGAAGGAGGCCCUUCUCCUUCCACCCACUCCGACACCUUGAAACAACUCCUUUCCAUCUCGCCCCUUCUCCUUUUUGUCCUUCUCUCUUGAAGCUCGUUCACUCCCCCCCCAUCUUUCUUUGGGGUUUCAAACAUGGACGCCUCUGGAGAGAGCACCAGCGCCCAGGACGGACACCUGGACCCCAGGAGCCUCCCCGGCCGCUCGGACCUCAGCGGGCUGUACCACCUGGGUCGGACGUUGGGCCGGGGCCACUUCGCUGUGGUCAAGCUGGCCCGUCACGUCAGCACCCGGCAGCUGGUCGCCGUCAAGAUGAUUGACAAGACGAAGCUCGACGUGAUGGCGGCGAGCCACCUCUUACAGGAAGUGAGGUGCAUGCGGCUAGUGCAGCAUCCCAACGUGGUGCGCCUCUACGAGGUCAUCGACACGCCCACCACCCUCUACCUGAUCAUGGAGCUGGCGGAAGGGGGCGACCUCUACGACUACAUCCUCCGCCACGAGGGAGGCGUGGCCGAGGGCAUCGCCAAGCGCCACUUCGCCCAGAUCGUGCGCGCCGUGGCGUACUGCCACCGGCUCCACGUGGUGCACCGGGACCUGAAGCCCGAGAACGUGGUGUUCUUCCCGCAGCAGGGGACGGUGAAGCUGACGGACUUUGGGUUCAGCAACCUGUUCCAACCCGGGACCAUGCUGGCCACCAGCUGCGGGUCGCUGGCCUACUCCGCCCCGGAGAUUCUGCUGGGAGAAGAGUACGACGCUCCGGCUGUGGAUAUCUGGUCCCUCGGGGUGAUCCUGUACAUGUUGGUGUGUGGGGCCCCCCCCUUCCAGGAAACCAACGACAGCGAGACUCUGGUCAUGAUCCUGGACUGCCGCUACCGCGUCCCCGAACACGUCUCCGCCGGCUGCAGAGAUCUGAUCUCCAGGAUGCUCCAGAAGGACCCGUCCCAGCGCGCCUCGCUCCAGCAGAUCGAGGCUCACGACUGGCUGCAGGGGCUCGACGACGCCUUGCUCAGCCCCGAGGCCCCGCCCCACUGGCUCUCGGGGGCCCUCUCUCCCAGCUCGCCCCGCUGCGGAGCGCCGGAGUGCGGCGACCUGAUGGCGGCGCGGCCCCCGCCUCAGCAGGCUUUCCCCGGGCCCUGGCAGCCCAGCAUCAGCUUCGCCCUCCGUCCGCCGCCGGCCGAGGAGCCUCCGAUCGCCAAGAACCUCCCCGCACUGCAGCAGAUCUGCGAGGAGGAGGAGGAAGAAGAGGAAGAAGAGGAAGAAGAGGUGGACUGUGUUUUGGUCAAGGAGGGUGAGCCGGAAAGAAAAGCUGAGGAGAUGUCUGACGGCGCAGACGACCGAAAAGAAGAAUUGGGAGGCUUAGUGGAGAUUGUGGAGGAAGAGGAAGAGAGAGAGGGAGAGAGAGAGCAGGAAGAAUUGGAGAAGGAAGGCGCUGGGUGUGUGAUCUCAGACCAGCCGGUGAGUCACGGGGACGAGCCGGCCGCUCAGACGCCCGACGUCCCCCCGUCGUCUCCGCCCGCUCUGGGGGUGCCGUGCUGCCGGGGGCCGCCGGACGCCACGGGCCCCGCCCAGGAGACGGAACCCAACAACAACAACAACACAGGCGACAAACCUCCCCCUCUCCUCCCGGAGUCGUGCCCCGCCGGACUGGCGGCGAACGAGGAGGAGCGAGGUGAGAAGAAGAGGAAGACGGCGGAGGAGGAGGAGGAGGAAAAAGGAGAAGAGGAGGAGGAGGAGGGGGGCGAGAGGGAGGACCCCCCGGCGGCGGAGCGGCCGCGGCCCCACGGCGCGUCGGGCAAGCGGCACAGCAUCAAGCUGCGCGAGAGACUCUUCCAGUUCCCGCUGUGCGAGAAGGCGCUGGCCUUCAACAUGCCCGCGCACAACAAGCCCAAGAUCCUGCCGCUGGCGCAGUACAACUGCUGCCACGUGCUGUGAGUGGAGGAAACCCCCAACCGCCCCCCCGCCGGCACGUGGGGCGUGUACAGCUCUACGUACCCACAAACGCCUCCACGGACGCCGCGUUAAGCUCGCGGCGGCGUACAGAGACGAGGCGUGACCGAUGUGAUCGAAUAAGCUAGAGUCUGUUUUUGUGUUUUGUUUAAACCGGUGCCGAUACACAACGACGGAAAUGGGUUUCACACUGGACGGGCACGGCCUCGGCGUCAUUGUGGUUUCUGACUGUAAACAUUUUUUUUUUAAAGUCCGAAUGGUUCCAGGCGAACCAGAACGUCGUGCGGACCCGCUUUAGUUUUCCCCGCCCCCUUUUGCACAGCCGGCUGCUCAUUGGUUCAAAGAAAAGCUCUCGCUAUCAGAUCCAUUGAGAGGCUGACUGAGACUGCUAUGAUGUUUGAUACCGUGUGAUAUACGCCCCAAGACCGAGCUGAUGACUCUCUGUACUCUGUGAUCCUCAAAGUCUACCUGAUGGGAGGGGCGUGGCCUAACGUGUGAAGCCCACGGGUCGGAUCACCAGUCGGGAUGCAGGUCUUCCAUCGUACCCGGACUUGUUUCUUUUUUUAUUCACGACGUCAUCGGAUUCGAUCAGGACAGAUUUAUUUUGGAUAUUUUAUUCUUUUCUUCUGUUUUUAAAUGACUGUCAAAAGAUUUUCUCUGCAGAGACGCGUGACUGAGCAUGUUAUUACUUGUUAUUUAUCACAAUAUACCUCCACGUGUCUUGGAUCUGACGGGUCAUAGUUCCCGUACCUCGAGGUAAUCCACUGAAUGAUGAAUUGCACACAGCUUUAUGCAAAGCUUUGCCCUGAUGGAUUAGACGUGUUGGCCAUUUAGACCAAAUACCUUAUUAUGUAGCCCCUCUUUGGUAUUAUUAUACCUUACAAUGCCUCUGUGUGGUUUUCCAUUUUAUCAUACUGUAUAUUUAUUUUCCCUCUUUUUUUUUUUAUAUGCUGAGACCAGAAGUGAAAAGUGCUUGUCAGGUUAAAGAAAGCCAAAGCUGUACAAUAAGAUGACUCCUCCUCCUCCUCAGUCGGUCUGCAGCCUCACGGGUACAACUAGUUGGAUUUGUCUUCUCUUUUUUUUUUUUUGUGUGUGCCAACUGGCUUUGUCGCUCAUAUUUCAUCAGCCGCAUAAUUAUUAUAUAUAUUUUUAAAUCCCAUUAUUUGUUCCUGCCUGACUGCAGCCUGUCUGCCCUCAGUGUGGUCGCGUCUACUGACUCUAACGAGGACCGUGCUUUCAAGUUAUUUUUCUGUAUUUAUUUAUUAAAAUUGAUUAAAUCAA